GACCAUAAUGCCCAUUCUAUUAGUUUCUUGUGCGUACCAAUUUUGACCAUCGCAGCGGCGAAACUCCACAGUAUUUUGGUUGCAAAGUUGGAUUGUUGAGUAGUAAGCUAUCUUCGUUUUCUUCAGUUUUGAUGGCUAAUCGAUCUCUCAAGCGUUUUCUCAACAAUAUAGGUUUCAGUAGUGGUAUCUCAAGGAAACGUGUCUCCAACCAGAGAUUUGUCUACAACAUUCUCACCCGGUGUCAAUCAAAUGGUUCAAACACAGAUGGUCAUAAGCCCGAAGAAAAGAGCAUAAGCCAUGGUCCAGGGCGCAGUAAAUAUGAUCUUGACAAUGAUGAUUUUCAUGAUAAUAAGUGGAAAUUAGAGCUUGCUUGGCUCUCUAAAGCUAUUGAACCUGCGGUCCAACUUUGCAGAUGGGCUUUGUCAACAGGAAAUGGAAAUGGAGACAAACUUCCACCGACCAAUAAAUCUCUUGCAGAGAUAUUUGCCAGCAUUCAACGUAGUAAAUUGGGACUUCAGGAUUGGAGUCUCACUGAUCUUACCAUAGGCCUAUAUCUCAUAUAUCUUCAGCAAGCAUCCACCAGUCCUAUUGAGGAUGUUAAGGGUGAACAGAUAUACUCUGAUUUGAUAGUUCAAGAUCUCAUCUACCACACUGAACUGGCUAAGGGUGCUUAUAAAGAUUGCACUACCGCACUUGCAAGGAAUUGUAUGCUCCGGGAAAGUAAUGUUGUCAAAUUCAUAAAAAAUUCCAGUGUGUUGAGGCCUGGAUAUUAUAUAGGAAUUGACAAGCGGAAAAAACUUGUAAUUCUUGGAAUUCGUGGAACUCAUACAGUAUAUGAUCUCAUAACUGACAUUGUUUCUUCAAGUCAUGAAGAGAUCACGCUCGAGGGUUACUCCACUCACUUUGGAACUUCUGAGGCUGCUCGUUGGUUCCUUACUCACGAGAUGGGCACCAUUAGGAACUGCCUUGAGAAACACAAGGGAUUUAGGUUAAGGCUUGUUGGUCAUUCCCUUGGAGGGGCAACAGCUUCGUUGCUGGCUAUCAUGCUUCGAAAUAUGUCGUCCCGAGAACUUGGUUUUAGUCCAGAUAUUGUUUCAGCAGUUGGAUAUGCUACGCCGCCAUGUGUUUCUAGAGAACUUGCCGAAAGUUGCUCUGAAUAUGUCUCAACAGUGGUAAUGCAGGAUGAUAUAAUUCCAAGGUUAAGUAUCCCCUCCCUCACAAGGCUUAGGAAUGAAAUUCUUCAAACUAACUGGGUGAGUGUUCUUCAGAAGGAAGACUGGAGAGGUGUUGUAGACUUGUUUACAAAUGCAAAGCAGGUCGUAUCUUCUGUGCAAGAUGUAGCUCGGAGACUUGCUGAUUAUGCUAAAUUACGAGGGCAAACUAAGCACUCUGAGUCUACGGUUCCACGUGUUACAAAUACCUCCAACUCCAAAGGCAAUACAUCAUCUCUUGUGAGACAGGAAGGUGAUGCUGAGUUGUUUGUGCCCGGAACUCUUUAUAUUUUGAAGAGGAAUGUAAACACGAGAAACGAAGGUAACAGUGCCGAAUGUUUCACACUUUGGAAGAGACACUCGGGGGAGCAUUUUCAGAGGAUACUGCUUUCUAAUAACUUAAUUUCUGACCACAAGUGUGAUAGCCAUUAUUAUGCAUUGAGGGAUGUUCUUAAAGGUUUGCCUGGUUCAACUGAUGAAGCUGUUAUCCGAUAAUACAUUUCAAAUAUUUGCUCUUUUUGUGUAAAAUACUGAUCUCAUUAUUCCACGGCUUGUGGGAGGUAGCUAGCUGGUCCCAUAUUGGCCUCGUUAGUAGCUUUACAGGUAAAACAUUUACAUUGUCCUCAAAGAUGAGAAUUGAUGUAAUUUUGAGCUUAUAAUUUCUUUUUUUU